AUGGGAACGUGUUUUUCAAAAUGGGAAAAUGAAAUUGAAUAUUGUGGAAUUGGCUGGUUUGAUCUACCUAUUGAUGUCAGAAGAUUAUUGAUCGAUUCAAUGGAUUUUGAAGCGAAAGCAAGAUUUUCACAGUGUUCAAUAGAAUGUUAUGAAGAAGUUAGCGAAAGUCGAAAUUUUAUCAGAAGUAUUGAAAUAUGUGAUGGAAGAGAAGGGAAUAAUCGGAUUAUUAAGAUAUUUGUAAGUGGAAAUCGAAAAGAAACGUGGCUGUUUAGAAUAUUAGAAUUAUCAUCUGGAAAUGUUGAAAUUCGUUGGCAACUCAAUGAAAAUGAAAUUAUAUCUCGGAAAAUAUUUGAGAAUUCGAAUCCGAUUGAUAUUGUUUUGAUGUAUUUCAAUGAUAUUUUGAAGAAAAAUAUGAAAAGUUUGAAAGUUCUUGCAAUUUACAUUGUAAGUUGCUACGAGAAAAAAAAAAAAAAAUUUUUUUUUUUAAUUUUUUUUUUCAAAAAUGAUGACAAAUCGACUUAUUUUCAGAAUUAAAAAAAAAAAUUUUUUUUUCAUUUCUGAAAAUAAGUCGAUUUGCCAUAAUUUUUGAAAAAAAAAAUUAAAAAAAAAAAAAUUUUUUUUUUCGUUUCUGAAAAAAAAAAAUUUUAAAAAAUUUUUUGAAAAAAAAAAAAUUAAAAAAAAAAAUUUUUUUUUCGUUUCUGAAAAUAAGUCGAUUUGUGAUCAAUUUUGAAAAAAAAAAAUUUUUUUUUUCGUUCCUGAAAAUAAGUCGAUUUGUCAUCAUUUUUGAAAAAAAAAAUUAAAAAAAAAAAAAAAAUUUUUUUUUCGUUUCUGAAAAUAAGUCGAUUUGCCAUAAUUUUUGAAAAAAAAAAUUUUUUUUUUUUUUUUUAAUUUUUUUUUUAAAUUCUGAAAAUCAGUGAUUCACAUUUUUCCAGGACGAUUUUCCUUAUGAUCAAACCAAUAUUCGACAUUUGAAAUAUUUGAAUCAAUUUUGAAAAAAAAAUAAAAAAAAAAUUUUUUUUUUCGUUUCUGAAAAUAAGUCGAUUUGUCAUCAUUUUUUGAAAAAAAAUUAAAAAAAAAAAAAAAUUUUUUUUUUUUUUUUUUUUUAUUCUGAAAAUAAGUGAUUCACAUUUUUCCAGGACGAUUUUCCUUAUGAUCAAACCAAUAUUCGACAUUUGAAAUAUUUGAAUCAAUUUUGAAAAAAAAAUAAAAAAAAAAAUUUUUUUUUUCGUUUCUGAAAAUAAGUCGAUUUGUCAUCAUUUUUGAAAAAAAAUUAAAAAAAAAAAAAUUUUUUUUUUUUUUUUUUUUAUUCUGAAAAUAAGUGAUUCACAUUUUUCCAGGACGAUUUUCCUUAUGAUCAAACCAAUAUUCGACAUUUGAAACAUUUGAAUUUGAAUACUUUGAUACUUCAAAAAAACAAGCACGAUGAAAUCGAUCCGGUUUAUAGUGAUUUUGUUGAUUUGUCCACAAUGCGUCGUGUUGAACAUCUAAUCGAAAUUCCGCGUUUCCCAUUUUGCUGCUUAUUGAAACUGAAAGCAAGAAAUAGACGAAUCACUCAUCCCUCUUUCAAUAUCAAUAGUUUCAAGGAUUUUCUGCACGAUCUUUUGAUUGCCGAAAAUUAUUAUGGAGGAUUCUCGAAGAUUGUGUUGAAUUUGAAGGGCGGAAUUGGACGUGAGAUACACGGUUCUGAUGUUUUCCCUGAAAUUAUCAAAGAAUAUACAAUGUCGGAGUUGAUGGAAAUCAGAAACACCGCAUUGGGUGGAAAAAUUAUGAAGGGAUAUAUGCGAGAAUCAAAAAGGCUUGAAAAUGGAAUACAUUUUAUUGUUCUUAAUGGAUAUAGUUUUGAUUACAAUCACAUGAGAAUUGAGAAAUAA